AUGACCAGUGCUAGUCAACUUUUUGACUCCUAUAUACCAUGUUCUGGAAAUCAAAAGGUAAAGAUUGCUGAUGGAAGCCUUUCACCCAUUGCUGGCAAAGGCUCAAUUAAACUCUCCAACACCAUUGAACUAAAAUCUUUCCUGCAUGUUCCAAGAUUAUCUUGCAAUUUGCUUUCUGUUAGUAAGCUUUCUAAAGAUUCUAAUUGUCUUGUCACCUUCUUUGACUCACAUUGUGAAUUUCAAGAUUGGAAUUUGGGGACGAUGAUUGGCAGUGCUAAAAUGGUGGAUGGACUCUAUUACUUCAAUGACAAUCUCACUAAGAAUAAACAAGCUUUUAGCUUAAGUAAUCCCAUCUUAGAUCUAAGUUUGACCCGAGAGCAGAGAGCUGUGUAUUCUUGGGGGGAGAGUAAAAGUGAAAAUCAUUUUUGGCAGACUUCUAUUGCAUUACCUAAUACUAUAUUUCCUGAAGUUUCUUCAGAGGCUGUGAAUCCUAUGAAUACUUCCAACUUUGAGAAUUCAGACCAAGGUAUUGUUUCAUCACAAACAGAGGUGGAACCACCACUACUUGAGCAACUUGUAGAGUUACGUGUUUAUUCAAGGAAGAGGUAUCAUUCGAACAAUAGAGUCCAUGCUACUUCAAUGGCACUUGAUCAAUCAUUACCCUCAAAUUCUACUCCUGAAGAAACUCCAGAUCUUUACCUCCCAAUAGCUCUUAGAAAAGGUGUCCGAGAAUGUACUAAGCAUCCAAUUGCCAAAUAUUUAUCCUAUCAUAGGUUGUCCAGCCAACAUAAAGCCUUUGUAUCCAAUUUAUCUAAACAGUUUGUGCCUAGGACAAUUAAGGAAGCUCUAGAACAUCCUGAUUGGAAAUUAGCAGUUUUUGAAGAGAUGAAUGCCCUCUUAAAAAAUAAAACCUGGGAAGUUUCAGAACUACCUAGCGGGAAGAAAGCUGUUGGGUGCGAAUGGUUAGAUAUUAAAAAUGCUUUUUUGAAUGGAGACUUGGAAGAAGAAGUCUUUAUGGAUUUACCACCUGGAUUCGAAGAAAAGCUAGGGAAGAAUAAAGUGUGUAGGUUGAAGAAAUCUUUAUAUGGCCUUAAACAGUCCCCUCGUGCAUGGUUUGAGAGGUUUACCAAGGCUGUAAAAAGACAGGGCUAUAAACAAGGCCAAGCUGACCAUACCUUAUUUCAUAAAAAGACAAAAGAGGGGAAACUAGCUAUACUAUUUGUUUAUGUAGAUGACAUAAUCCUGACAGGUGAUGAUGAUGUUGAACUUGCCAAACCAAAGGGCUUCUUGGCAAAUGAAUUUGAAAUUAAAGACCUGGGCACACUCAAGUACUUCCUAGGGAUGGAAUUUGCAAGGUCAAGAAAGGGUAUCUCGAUUUCACAACGCAAAUAUACACUUGAACUUCUUAAUGAAACAGGUCUGCUAGGAUGCAAGACAAUUAAGACUCCUAUAGAGCGAAAUCUGAAGCCACAACCUGCUAAACCUGAGGAUGUUGUUGACCGAGAACGGUACCAGUGA